AUGGGUUCAAAUCCUAACAUUAUUGCUUAUUUCCACCCCGAAUGUGCCAAAAAAUAUUUUGCGGGCAAAGAGCAGCCACAGGAAAAUAAUAAUUCCCGCAUAAAAGAAAAAUUAUUGCGAAACUUGGAUAAAAUAUGUUUGGACCCAUUUGGCUAUUUGGCGAAUAAUGAAUAUUUGAAAACAGACGGAGCCGAGGAAGAAUACCAAAAAGCCGAAAUUACUAAGGAGCAAUUAGGGAUUAAAUCUGAUACUAAUAAUUCUACUAAUCUAAAACCAAAUAACCAUCAACUAGCAAUUGGUUUAACUAUUGGGGCUAGCGUGGUUUUAGUAGUGGGAAUGGUGGUUUACUUGAUUAGGAAAAGAAAUAAAAAGGCGUUAAUGAUAUUAUUGCUGGAAAAAUUGAAUAGUCCUUUUCGAUUGCUUGCCAAUAAUAAAUCACUUACUAAAAAUAGGCUAUAUGUCCUAGCCGUUUCGGGUGGUCCCGACAGCAUGUUCUUGUUAGAAAAAAUGCGUUGCGAAAGAUAUAGUUUGGUGGUCGCUCAUGUCAAUUAUAAAAAAAGAGAGAACAGUGAUUAUGACGAAAAGGUGGUGAGGAAUUAUUGUCAAAAAUAUUCUUUGCCCUGCGAAGUUUACCAGGUAAAAGGCUCCGAGCACAAUUCCAUUAGCAAUUUUCAAGACCGAGCCCGCAAAAUCCGCUAUGACUUUUUGCAAAAAUUAGCCGAUAAAUACCAAACUAAAUAUAUUGCGGUGGCUCACCAUUUAGACGACCAUUUGGAAACCUACUUGCUACAAAAACAAAGAAAAUCAUUAGUUGAAUAUUGA